CACAUAAUAAACACUCUGCAUGUGUUUGUCAAGUGAGAGUUAAGGAAUAAUAACAUUUAUUUUACAGGCUUAUUAUGAAAAUUAAAUAAGUUAGUAUUAGUGAGAGCAUCUGGCACAGACCCUGGGAUUGAGCAGCGGUGAAUAAAUAUUGGUUUAAUUCAUCCUGGAUUCAUUCGUUCAGCCUCCCUUACGGCUUGGGGCCAUUGCUCCUGGCAAACACGGAGAAGGCAAACCCUGUCUUCCCGCCUUCAGCCCCGCAUUCCGAAGACAGCCUCAGCUUUUGAGACUUGGUGCUCUUUCUCUCUGCUUCUCCUGAGUAGCUGCAAACUUACUUGCAGGGGAGUUCAUGGUCAAGUGAUUGUCUGAUCGAUGUCUGUAUCCCUCACUACACUGGAAGUGCCACGGUAGCUCUCCUGCUCUCCUUGCCACCAGAUCCCCAGUGUCCGCACGAUUCCAUGGACCCUGAAGACAGAAGCUAACACUGACUGUGCAUUUACUAAGGCCUGGCUGCAGUAAUUUUAAAAAUCAACUCGAAAACCUAUGAGUAAAAUAAGUGCUUGCAUUACAUCAGGGGCAUCUCCUCACCAUGAGUCACAAGCCCCCGGCGCCACACGGGACUGCUUAAAUGUCUUUUGGUGACAGUCAUGAGUGGAGAAGGUCCACAAUCAGCUCAGUGGUGAGUGUUCAGCAACGACUUUGAGGCAUUAGACAGCCUCAGAGUCUUUGUUCAUUCCUCUUCCCCAUUUGUCAGCAAGCCUUCAUUGUGCCCCAGUUUCAGGGUGUAUUUUUAGUGGAAAUAAACUUGAACAGCUCAGGAUGACACAAUUCCUUCAGGAGUUGCAGUACCAUCUGCUGAUGGAGGCAAGCUAGGGAGCAGGACACGCAUGGAGGCGGCAAGGCCCACUGACCCAGAGGUCGGGCAGGUGGGCUAACUAGGGGGAAAUCAUUUAAUUUUGCCAGAAAAGCAAAAAAGUCUCCAUUGGCUGCCAGCCUUGGGUAAGAGGAGUACAUUUGGCUUGGGUUCCAGAAUUGAUGCCUUCCAGGGACUCACCAUCCGGCUAGGGAAACAGAGGUGCUAUUUGAAAUUGAAGCCUUCUAAAUUCAGGGCUGGAUCUGCCUGUGUUUUGCUGAGCACUUUGAUGAGUUUGAAGAGCCUGUUUGGGAGUGGGUAACUGGGCAGGGGAGCGACCUAAAUAAGGGUGGAGAAUUUGGUUUCUGGAAGCCAUGGAGAAGACAGGUUCACGGACACUGUCGGUGACCUUCCCCAACCCCCUUUGCAGUACUGGUUCAUCCAGGCCCCUCGUGCUGUGAUUGUACCCUUCAAACCGAGAACCACCCUCACCUACAGAAGCCUGGGAGGCCACCCUGCCUGCCCUCGGCCAAUGAAUGACCAAUACAGCCCUGCGGUUGGAUGGUCAGAUGAGACCGUGAGCGGCACAGCUCCGGAGGAGGUGACAGGGACGCGUACAGGAGCAUCAAAGCUUUACUUUGUUCUAGGUCCUGAAAUGCGAAGGAGGAGGAAAUAGACUCUGAGACUCUGGGCAGCAGGCACACGUCCCUGCCCUUCUGGAAACCUUGGGUCCGGGGGAGGACAAGCCCCGAGCCAUGAUGAAGACCUUGUCCAGUGGGAACUGCACGCUCAGCGUGCCCGCCAAGAACUCGUACCGCAUGGUGGUGCUGGGAGCGUCGCGGGUGGGCAAGAGCUCCAUCGUCUCUCGCUUCCUCAACGGCCGCUUCGAGGACCAGUACACGCCCACCAUCGAGGACUUCCACCGGAAGGUCUACAACAUCCGCGGCGACAUGUACCAGCUGGACAUCCUGGACACGUCCGGCAACCACCCCUUCCCCGCCAUGCGCAGGCUCUCCAUCCUCACAGGUGAUGUCUUCAUCCUGGUGUUCAGCCUGGAUAACCGUGAGUCCUUCGACGAGGUCAAGCGCCUCCAGAAGCAGAUCCUGGAGGUCAAGUCCUGCCUGAAGAACAAGACGAAGGAGGCGGCGGAGCUGCCCAUGGUCAUCUGCGGCAACAAGAGCGACCACAGCGAGCUCUGCCGCCAGGUGCCCGCCGCCGAGGCCGAGCUGCUGGUGUCAGGGGACGAGAACUGUGCCUACUUUGAGGUGUCGGCCAAGAAGAACACCAACGUGGACGAGAUGUUCUACGUGCUCUUCAGCAUGGCCAAGCUGCCGCACGAGAUGAGCCCCGCGCUGCACCGCAAGAUCUCCGUGCAGUACGGUGACGCCUUCCACCCCAGGCCCUUCUGCAUGCGCCGCGUCAAGGAGGUGGAUGCCUACGGCAUGGUCUCGCCCUUUGCCCGCCGGCCCAGUGUCAACAGUGACCUCAAGUACAUCAAGGCCAAGGUCCUUCGGGAGGGCCAGGCCCGGGAGCGGGACAAAUGCACCAUCCAGUGAGCGGGAGGGACCCCGGGUGGGUUUGGGCCGUGCCUAAUGGGAGGUGGCCCCGUGCCCGCCGCCCGCAUUCCUCCCGCCAUGAGGACCGAGCGAUGGUCCAGUUCAAAGAGCGUUGGCGCCAGGAUGGAGCACGCCAGACUCUAACCUCUGUACAUUCUCCUGCGGCCUUGCCGCUUCCCUCUGACUCCUCUUCUCCGAGGUUCCCCCCUCAUUUUAGCUCCUCUGUGCGGGGCCAGAGACAAGGCUGGGAGAUGAAGGAAGUAUGCAGGGACCCAAGCCAGAGCCUUCCUACCUUUGGGUUGCAAGAACCGCUGAUGUCAGAGGGGCCAGGAUCCCUACAUCCCCUAGGGCCUCCUGGACAGUCCGGGAUGAAAAGAACUCCAGCUCCACGGGAGGGUCUCCACUGUGCUGGGGUGCGACCCAGCUUGGCCUAGGUGGCAGCUGGGAGACGCCCCCCCCAAUCCUGAAAUUCUUGCCCUCUGACUUGGCCGUGACUACCCCUGCCCCCCAAGCUGGCCCCCGGCUGGCCCUGACAUCAAGCCGGUGGCAUUUGUGUGUGUGAAAGGCGGCAUGUCCCGUCUCCUGGACCACGACCAUCCCCUGCGCCACCUUCCUCAGCCUCUGCCCCCAGGUCCUCACAGCUGCUGGGUGUGCUUUGCUAGUGCCGACGUUCUCACGUUGUGUGUAGCGGUAGCAAUGGAAACCGUUGUACUGUAAGCACCUAAUGACCUCUUGUUGGCCAGAGCCCCCCCUGAUCCCCCCAGUUCAGAUUCACUGCCCCUGCUGGGGACACACCUCCCUGGUUCCAGGCGGGGUCCCCAGGGCCUGCCUGCCGCUACACUCAGACCGCUGGGCCGGGGCGGAGGCAGCUGCAGCUCCGCGGGGCGGGACGUGCCCAGCCCACGCCACCUACGGCUAGUCCAGGGCAGGGCUCUACCUGGAGCCAGGUCUCCCGUGCUCCGACAAGCAUUUACUGAGCUCCUGCAGGGCGAGGGGCUCACUAUGUGCUCGGACACCGAGUGGGAGCCAUGCACUUGCCGGCCCCGGCGCCAGGCCCCCUAGCCUCAGCCUGUCUCCCUUCACCCGCCGACCGCCCCACUGCCUUUUGCACAGCAGCUCUUGGGAGGCACAGCAUAGCAGCCAGGAGCCAGAGCUGACCCCCAGAGAGGCCGGUGAGAAAAGCUCCCGGUGGGUCAUUCCCCCCUGCCUGGGAUUGGACUAUGCUGGGAACUAGGUGUGGGAGUUGAACCUAGAGACCAAAGGCCUUGUGAUCAGCUCUUAACAAAUACAUUUUGUGUCUUAAUAUCUUUUAAAAUAUAGAACUUUAGGGCUACAAGGACCCUUAGUGAUUAUCUACUGAGUCUGAGGCCCAGAGAGGGUAAGUAACUAGCCCCAGGUCACAGAGCAAGUCUGUGAAUGGCAGGAGCAGGGCCAGGGCUGGGCGUUCAGCACACACCAUGAUGUGCCCCUUUCCUGAUGCUUGCUCAGCCCCUGGGGCCUUCAGAGAUUCGAAGUCUCUUCUCUCCAACCCUCUCCCUGACCUGGUCUUUGAGGGUUCCUAUAGACUCUGUGUACAUCAUGUCCAUGUAUUUGCACGUACACGCACGUGAACACACAGACAAAUACAUGCCCCAGCCCCAGCUCUGCAUACCCUACCCUGUGCCCUGGCAACUGCCGCUCAAGGCGGCAGCUCUGACCCUGCGUCUGUGCCCCUGCCCGGCUGCGGCCUGAACUCUCUAAGCAGACCAGGGACCUUGGCCAGGACAGGUGUGUGGCCUGCUCUCACCUGGUCACACCCCUGCUGCCCUAGAUCUCUGUGUACACUACCAAUUAAAGUGGGUUUGUUUCUAA